GGCAGGGAAGGUAAUUCUGACUCCCUUACCCCGACCCCCACAUCCCCUCCUGUUUGAUCUCCUCUGUCAUACUUAAGAGAAUCAGUUUCAUGCAUGGCCGACCAAAAUUGUAAAUUGUAGAUGUGUUGCAAUACGACAAACAAGUCUUAAGUCUGUAAUGAAGCCACAGCCUCUCCUCCACCACCAUCAUCACCGCCACCGCCGCCAACCUCCCGAUGAUAACAGAAAUUCUUAUUUGAGUUUUUUCUUGUCCUCGUUCACCAAAACAGUUCUAUACUAGCGGCCAUCCAUCCUUUGAUCUGCUGCACAUGCCGCUGACUUCCUGCGGAGAUGUCGUCUGUUGUUGAUGGCGGAAGUCGGAGCACGUGGCGGCAGGCGGGCGGGUCGAUGCAGGUCGGCGUCCGCGCCAGCAUCAGCAGCCAAGUGCAGCACGAGAGGCUGCCGCGCGCGUUCCACGCUGCAGAUGACUGGUUGUGCGAGGGUUGGGGUGGGGAUGCGGGUGGGGUGGGGAAGAGAGAGAGAGGACGCUGGGACAGCCACCCCUGUGACUCGAGUCCUUACACGUGGCGUAGUAAUAGUGACAGUUGUCGUAGAUGUAGUCAACACUUGUUGUCAAGGUUUAUUUUCAUCACUCACGUGGAGAAACGGAUCUGUCUGAUUGUAGAUUCGAUUCUCUCGACUACGUUUGUCAAGGGAACCUUUUUUUAUUUCUUUCUCCCUUUCUAUCUCUUGUUCCUGUGGAGAAAGAAGAAAAAAAAGUGAAUCUUUAGCCUCGCAAGCUCGUGAAUCCAAUCGCCAAUCGAGUAUCGGGACAAGACCAGACCCAUCCACUUGUGUCUUUUCUGCACUUAUCGAGCGUUAGCCGGCAAUUUGCUGUUCGCGUUCAGUCUGUCCAAGUCCGGCAGCGAGAGAAGGGUUCUGGGAAAAUAUCAAAGGUUGGAAUCCCGCGCCGUGCACGCUGGUCUCGCCCGUCGGGAGCGCUGAAGUACCGGUGUGUGUGAGUGUGUCAGAUGUCUGUGAACACUACAGCAGCCUCGUAAGAAGCUGGAGAUUGGAGACUAGUGCAAGUCGUGGUUCCAGAAAGCAUCGCAAGAUGUUCUUGUUCUGAGCUUCGAGUUGUAAAUAAGCUCGGCAUCAUAUCGUAAACAGCGGACAGAAGAUUCUUCGACCAUCUGCUUUGAUCGUCUUCGGUUCAGCGAGUUCAGAAGGGGGUGAGACUUUACCACAGAGCUUUGUAUCCGUCGCUGUGAAUGUCACCGCACGAGGACAUCUUGCUGUAAAAAAAGAAUUUGUGGACACUUUUGUGAUCGGCGGUAGAUCAAAGGUUUUACUCAAGAAAGCUUAUUACUGUGCAGCAAGUCAGGCGUGGAACGAAAAAAAUAACAAUUACUGAACGGAUAUUAGAAAAUAUUUGUCCUGAUCAAUAUCCUUCUUCUUCGUCAAGUUGAGUAUACCACAGACUUCAUCAGUUCCAGCAAUUUGGUGUAUUUUUAGUGAAUAAUUGUUCCCAGGGGGAAAAAACCCACAAAAAAGUGCCUGAUUGUAAGUGAUAGUCUUCCAGACAACCUGACAGCUACACAACAACAGCCUUAGUGUGGAAACAAGAAGACGAGCGGUGGAGCUUUAUACAAGAAUCCUAGAAAAACAUCUGCUUCCGGGUCAUUGUUCAAGUGAUUUCGACAGAGGACUGACGGUAGCUUGUUAGGCAGUACAGCGACAACUCCAUCGACAUCAUCAUGGGCAACCACAACAGCAACGGUCGGCGGGAUCAGAGGCGACAACGACAAAACAACAACGUGUGCGGCGGCGUAGCUGUCCAAGCCUUGCGGCGCGUGGAGGAGCUGCGCGGCCCGCCGGUAGAUGCAUACGACAAGCUGAUCGCCUGGCUGGCUGAGAUGGCUGAGAGCGAGAACGUCCAGCUGGACACCAACAUCUUCGUCAAGCAGCUCACCAGGGUGUGCAGCGCCCCCAACGCCGCCACUGUCACCACUACCACCACCACCAACAGCAGCAACAACGGCCACAGCAGCAGCAGCGCGGUGGGUGCCGGAGACAGGUGCAGUCUGAGCGACAACGGAGGAGGAGGAGUAGGAAUCCGGAGGUCGAUGGCUUCGAGGCAACAUUCCGCCUCGUGCGAUUCACGCGCGAGUUCUUCCGAUACCUACAAACACAGAUCCUUCGAAGACUCGCUCGACACCACGCGUUUGACGUGGCGGCAGCCGCAGGAGUCCCGCCAGGAGUCCCGCCAGGCCACCCUCAGCGAUGACCUGGAGGAGGACCCGGAUGUGCGCAAUGCCUCCAUGGAGAGUCUGUACAGCAGCUCGGACCGCGACAGCGAGCUAGACGCCAUGCCAGCCACUUACACCGCUGCCGAAUGCACGACGACAAGCUCACGGCGAGCACGCUUCAUGCAGCAGCGGGACCAGCAGCGCGACAUGAGGCGACCCUUGCUGCGCCAGGCCCUGCUGGGCUCCUCCAUCGGCAGCAACUCCUGCGGGGGCGGCGGGGGACGGCGGGACCACAGAGGCAGCGUCUUGGGGGGCAGCGAGGUCCUGGCAGGCCACUACCCCACCUACGGUAGCUGCGGGGUGGGUAGCGGCGGUAACAGCAGCAUGCUGGGCAUGGCGUCUGGCUUGAUGCAGAUGCAGAUGCUGAUGAUGCCAUGCAGCGCCAGUACCGGCGACCUGGACAAGAUCAACACGUCCAUGGACGACCCCGGGGAGGAGCUGCCCGCCAGGCUCCUGGCCCGCCGCAAGAGCGUGAGCCUGCUCAACCUGACUCCUCCCGGGCGACCCGCUUACCUGGAGCACGACCUUCCCCCAGACACCCCUCCUGGAGAGCCUGGCGAACCGUUCCUUGAUGACACCCUCCUAGACGGAAACAUGGCAGAUAUACUGUUUUCUGUGGAAGCACUGUGGCCCAAAAAAUGAAAAUAAAAAAAGCGCGACAUCUUGGAUAGAGAUGUCCAGGGCUUUAUUUUUGCUGAGACGGAGGUAUCGGAUAUAUUGCUGAAGGCGAGAGGUCUUAUCCUGGUCCAGGAUGGCAAACAGCUGGGUGGGCGGCUGAACCAACCAGGACCAGUCUUCGACAGCAUAGUUGGCGGUGUCGUCCUUUCUGUCUCCCACUCCAAUAUAUGUGCGUGGUCUGUGUGUCAAAGGCCAAGAUCCCUGGUGUCUUUUGACCUCAGUCACCACUCUCUCCCCUCCGCACCUGGCCUGACUACAUCCGGCAUUUUCACUGUAGAGCUUCCCUGUCAAUGAGGUGGAAAUCUGAGCAGGUUAAACAAGAACGUGGCCUUCAGGGGCAUACUUCUGCUCUGUGGUUAAAUGGAGAAAUUAUUAUGGUGGCUCAAUGCACGAAUUAAAACUAUUUUCACUGUGACCAUGACUUUUUUCCAAAUAUGUCCUAUUUUACUGUAAGACUCAUUUGAUGAAACUGAAAUAAAUAUUUUGUAAUUUUAAUAGGUUUAUACUUUUAAACGCAUAGAUACGCAUUUUUGCAGAAGCUGGACUUCAGCAUAUAUAUAUUUAUAGUGAAAUAUAGUUUAAUAUAAAUAAUAUAAAAUCUAUAAACAUUGCUCGAGAUUAUUAAUUCAGUGGCAACAGUGCCUUUCAGAUAUCAGUGAGUAGAUUGAAAUCAGAAUUAAGUGUGAAUAUGUUCUUAUGAAUUGUGACCAUCUUUCGCUAGUUUGCUAAGAGAUUUGUACUGCAGGAAAAGAUUAAAGUUUAUGUUGCUCUUUAUGAAGACAUCAAAACAAAGGAUCAUCAGAUUUUCUGUGGGACAGUGGUCAUUAAUUCAUUUGCAACGAAUAGUCAAAGUUAAAUAAGUUCUGGGACUUCAGAAAGAAUGUUUUGUUGCUUCAUUGUUUUCGAUAGUAGUUCAGCAGCUGAUCUUGCUAAUUUAAUCCAUUACCAACAUUUUAUUUUUAAUUAUAUGUAAACCUUAUGCCUUGGCCAUCACUAUUGUCUUACUGAAAAAGAGUAUACACAUAUUUUUAAUUCUGCGGGUAAUUUAAGGCUCUUUAUUUUUUUAUUGUCUUGUCAAAAAUGUUACACGUCCGACAUAGAAGUAUCAUGUGUAGCAGAUUAAGAUUUAUUGUAAAUUUUUUUUUUAUUGUGCUAAAAGCUAGAGAAAUUUGUGAGAGUAGUAAACUUGUCCAGCUAAUUUUUAUACAUCUUGACAUCCUACGUUUGCAGUGAGUGAACAUUCAUGACACAUGCUAAACUAACAUUGGUUUUUAAGGUGAUCUUUCUUUUAAAAUGAUAAUCAAAAAAGUGAUUUUAUUUAUCAGGAAAAGAAUAAUUAUGUAUACAAUUACAUUUUGUAUAGACUGACUAAAUUGAAUUGACUUCCAUGAUUAGGCAAAUUUGACCUACGCCCCCAACCCAACACGAAAAACAAAUUAAAGUUGACCUAAAGUUUCCCACAUCACUUGCGUGUUUUAAAACGAGUUUUAUCAAAAUACCGUGUUAGAAAUUAAUUCUAAUUUGUGGCAUGUAAAUAGCAUGCUUGAACCUGGACAAUAUCUGUUUCACGGACAGUGUGACGGAAACUUAGGUCCCAGAAAAAAGAAAAUCUUUAUGUGGAUAACCUCUUUAAUAUUGUGAUGUAAAGAUGGUGGAAAGACAGUGUGCUCUUUGGUCACACUUGUUUUUAUGUCUUUGUAAGCACCUUCACUUUUAAAGAUCAUUGGAGUAAAUGUGGAACCAAUUAAUUGACAUUUUGAAUGUGAUGGAAACCCGGGUCCCAGAAAAAGAAAUUUUUAUGUGGACAAACUCUUUAAUAUUGUGAUGUAAAGAUGGUUGAAAGAUCUCUUUGAUCACACUGGUUCUUUUUUUAAAUGUCUUUGCAUGCACCUGACACGUUCAACGUUGGUUAUUCAUUGGCGUAAACGUGGAACCUUUUAACUGCCAUUUUCAAAUUGUCAACCUUUAGGAGUCACAGGAUCAGCUCAUGAAUGUACAUUGUGCCAAAGCUGAUUCACAACUCAACAGUUUGCUCGCCACCGCAAUUUUGCAAACAGAAAAUGUCUCGGUUUUGUCACAGCCCCGUUCCUACACGAUUGGAAGCACGAUUUGGGUGAACAACCUUAGUUCAAACCAAACAUGUACACUUUAUUAUUGUUGUAAAGGCUUAAAAAAAUCGAACACGGUGAAAUGUUCUGGGGUCAUUAUCAGUUCGGAAAAACAAAUGAAAUGCAUCUACAUAUUUUUGAAUUUUUUUGUGGGAUGAGGGGGUUGUUUAUAAAAUGCUCUUGCCCAAGAUUCAUGAACAAUAUUGAUCGCGUAAUAUUUUUUCAAACAUUUUAUUGUUUUUGUCACCUCAGUCUCUGCCUUUGAUUGCCUUUGGAAAUAAGAUUUGAAUUGCCUGGAACAUUUGCUCUAUUUUUACAUUACCAUACUGUCAAUAGGAUUGGAUCCAGAAUUUAGGGGACCAGCGCUAGAAUUAAAAAUUGAACUGAAAGACUGCUAGUUGUUUGGUUCCCAUUUAUAAUUUUGUUAACCCUCACCACGCUAUCGCCUUUCUCAAUAUUAUUUUAAUGUCAAGCACUUGUCUGGAAAGCUUUGUAGUUUUUUAAAUUUUGAGUGUCCAAAUGUGAGCUUGAACAGAGGUAACAGUCUGUGAACUUUGAAAAGACCUUUCCACUAAAACCUCUAUUUUGCUAAAGUUCCUUGUCGAACAUUUGACCAAGUUUGGCGAAGUUGUAUGUGAAGAUCACAGGAAACCAAUGGCUUUAGGACGAACGUUCGGGUCGUUGGAACUUUGGUCAGCAUGCUAAGUGCAAACUUCUUUGACAAUACAUUGUCGACAUAGUUGCCAAUACAGUGGAACGUUGGAAAGCUUCGGCACUUUGCCCAGUUAAGAACGGCCUUAAAGUAGAACUGUGGAGUUACAGUGUGUGAUUUCCUCCGUCACAUGAUGUUGUGCAACUGCAUUGGAUUAGAAUAGAUGAAAGAUGUUUGCUUUUAUGAACUCAUAGUAUCUAAAGACGGAGAAUAAUUAACUAAUUUAUUUAUUUAUUUACAUGUGGUCAUUUAGCAGAGAGUAAUGAAACUUGCUGCCUUUUGUCUACAUACAAACAUGCCUGCUUUGCCAUUUGAAUUUCCUGCGGUAUUUCGUUGUUGCUGCCAACAGAUGUUGUUUCUGUAUUUAUUGUAGUUUUAAAACACCGUACUGAUGUUACAUUUUCUUUGCAACUUACGGUCAUUUUAAUGUGUUGUGUAGAAAGGGCGAAUUGUAUUAGUACCACCAGAGAUCCACGUGACAGCCUUUACCUCCAAUUUUUGCAGCGUGUGGACACCACCCAUUACAGGUCGAGCGCCUGGUCGCCUCAAAGUUCUGACUGAAAAAGAAAAUUGAAAUAUAUAUUCUCUUGGCAUCUUACUAAAGAUUGGAACAGUCUAUAUGUCGGUCUACCCAGGUGGCUGUUUUAGAGGGAUGGUUCAAACACUAGUAAAUCAUUGGUUUCUACAGGAUUUACAUGUCCAACAAAGUGGAAAAUAAACAAGCAAGCAAAAAAAAUAAAAAAACAAAAACAAAAAACAACAAACAAAUAUCGCUAGUGCGUUUUAACUACAACUAUUUUGUAGCACAGGCAAUGAAACAGUUAUGUUGUGGAAUACAGACAAGGGGAGCAUGUUGUGGAAACAAGAGAAAAGUUACAUUGUGGAACACAAUAUUCCCUGCAUUGACAUGUUAGCUCUACUUGCCUGUGUUGUAUGAAGUUUGCAUUUUCUUUACACAACAGUUCACAGAAAAUUCGAUUAUGAAUAAUCCUAAAUGCUCACGCACACACACACAGACACACACACAUAUUCUUAUAGGGUUCCCCCCAAAAGUGUCAGUUACGUAACAUGUGCUAAUAUAAUAAAUUUGAUGCAACCGAAAA